CCGCCCACAUCUCUGGGACCUACAGUAGACAAAUCAAGUGAAUACGAGCGAACACGUAACAUGAUCAGUUUUGUCUGAUACAACCAAGGCAUCUGCUUGUGAGUGAGGUGGAGGCCGGCGUGAGACGUCCAGGCAGAGGCAGAGAACGAAGCAAAAAUGUUCCGUUGCCGAGUGAUUCUUUUGGAUGACACCCACAUUGAGCGGGACCUGGAGAAAAAUGCAGUGGGCCAGGUGCUGUUUGAUUAUGUUUGUGAUCAUCUCAACCUGCUGGAGAGGGGUUACUUUGGCCUGGCAGCAUGGGACUCCUCCAACAACAGGGUGUGGCUUGACUUUUCUAGAGAAGUUCACAAGCAGAUCAUAAAUCAUGAUGCUACGUUCACUUUCAACAUCAAGUUCUACCCACCUGAUCCCUCUUUACUGGCUGAGGACCUCACCAGAUAUUUACUCUGUCUGCAGGUGAGGACGGACAUCAUGACCAAUCGUCUGCCCUGUCCACUAGAUAUGCUGACAGUGUUGGGGUCAUACAUUGUCCAGUCGGAGUUUGGAGAUUAUGACCCUGAUGUGCAUGGGCCGGGGUACCUCAGUACUAUUGCCCUUGCACCCAAUCAGACACCAGAGCUGGAGGAGAGUGUGACUGAGCUGCAUCGCACAUACAAUUCGAUGACUCCUGCUCAGGCUGAUGAGAAUUUUCUGCAGAAUGCCAUGAUGCUCCCCUUCUACGGAGUGGACCAGCAUCCUGCUAAGGACGUCAAUGGAGCAGAUGUGAUGCUGGGUGUGUCCGCUGAUGGAAUUGUGGUGUAUGAGGGCAAGACACAGACACAGAGUUUCCCGUGGCCCAGAGUGCUGAAGAUUUCUUACAUCCGCAACAAAUUCCAACUCAGGAUCCGCCACACACAGGACGCUACUGAAAGUACCUUCAACUACAUCCUGUCCAGCUACCGAGCUUCUAAACGCCUGUGGAAGGUUGCUGUGGAGAACCAUGCUUUCUUCAGAAACCACCGGCAAGACAAGUAUGAGGGACUUGUGCAACUAGGCUCCAGGUUCCGUUUCCGUAGGAACACUCAUACCGAAACUCUAGAGACCAGCUCCAACAUCAAGCGGCCAGGUCCACCCAUCGCACACUGUGCCAUCAAGAAAAAAGCAAAGGAAAGCAUGCUUCAGGGUUUGAGGAGUCCAACCCGAAUGGAAGUUGAUGAUUGGUUCCACGUGUUCAAAUUUGACCGCUCAAGACCCACUUCUGUCCCAGAUACCACCUAUACUUACCAAGAGAAUCUGGUAUCCACAGAAGUAGAUAGGAAGACUCGCAGACACAGACAUAGGGACAUAAAGACAGGGACCCUUGAGGAAGAGGAGGAGGAUGAGGUGCCAGAGGAAGAACAAGAGUGGUUUCAGCUGCUUGGUUCACGUUCAUUUCCCAAACAAGUCUCCCUGACUUCAGAUACUGAAAAAUUAGAAAGGGCACUGCCCAAGUAUUGGAAGCACAAUUCUGAAGACUGGAUGGACCUCCUCUACCCCAAAAUAUCUGAAACCUCACUUUGGGAACAGGAGGCAGCACCAUUGUUUCCUCAAGCUGGAGAGCAGGAAGAGGAAUAUGAAAAGCAACAAUGGGAGGAGAGAACUUCAGAGGAGAGCAUUAAGAUUGUCAAAAUAAGAAAAGAUGUUCAGUUUGUGAAUGAAGGACGUGAAGGAUUGCAGACAUUUAUAGAAGAAAAGCUAGUGGAAGAGGGUGAUGGAGACAGAUUGCAGAAAGUUGUAAUUACCAAACAGAGAACACAGGAUGAAGACAUGUUUGAGGAGCAUACUGAAGGGGAUUUUGUUGAAAAAAUGAUAAGGAGGGUGAAAAUAGUAGAGGAAAUACAGGAAGUUGUGAUAGAAGAAGGUCAGAAGUCUUCUAAGGAAAACAUUAAGGGAUUAGAGAAAAGACUGCUAGAAGUGGAGAGUAUUGAACAAAGACUGCAAGAUGUGGAAGACCUGAAAGUCAGAUUACAGGAAGUAGAAAUGUUGGAGCAGAAACUGCAGGAACAGGAGGAGCAACUACGAGAUGAAUAUGACGUCUGGUACAUUCUGUUGGAUCGCAGGAGUUUAGUCUCCGCUGCAGAUCUCAUUGAGAUGGCAAAGCGGAAAGAGACAAUUAAACUGCUGGAAGAGGAGCCACUGCAAAAGGUCUCGCCAAUUCAUGUCAGAGAUGUCUGGCAUAUUCUACUGGAACUGCUUCCACGAUCACAGUGGGCCACACAUCUUCCACGGGCUCCUUCAGUGGAGGAAAUCGUCAAGGCACCUGUAGCAGCAGAGGAGAGAAGAUGGGAGGAGGAGAUGAGACUGCAAGAGGAGAAGAGGCGAUCAAGUCAGAUGAGGAUAACCACACAAUAUUCCUUCCCAGAAGGGAGAGAAGAGCAGCCAGAGACAGACGAGAGGGAUGACUGGUUUUACCUGCUGGAUGCUUCUCCUAAAGAAUCAAUGUUUGGCAGAACCUUGGAAGUUUAUGAAGAGACCACAAAAGAGAAAGUGAGACUAGUUGAAGAGCAAAGGAGCUUCAUAAAGAUAGAAAUGCCUUUUGAAAUGGUGUCGAGGCUUCCAGACGAGCUGCAAGAAAGUGACCGCUGGUUUCUGCUUUUUGACCAAAUACCUUUCGAGAAGAGAAGUAUUCCUUCAGGUAAAGAUAUACAUCAGAAUACUCUCUUCUCCACAGAUAGGAGAAUGAAAAUAGAAGAAGUGUGGAGAGUAAAAGAGGAAGAGAAGAAAAGACAGCAAGAACAGAAAAUGUUGCUGGAUGAAACUGUGCCUCCAAGAGAGGUGAAGGCCAUGCUGCCAGAGCAUUCUGCUGAAGAAUUAGAGGUGUCAGAGUCAUGGUUUGCAGAGGAGAGGAGAUUAAAAGAGCUGCAAGAGAAAAGGAUCCGAGAGGAGGAAAGGAGAAAAUGCGAGGCAGAGGAAAAGAGAAAACGCGAGGCAGAGGAGAAAAGAGUUCGUAUAACCAUGCAGAGAGAAGUGCCUGAGAUAGAGGAGGGCGAAGACUGGUUUAUCCUGUUUCAGACUCCUUUUAUAAUGAAAGUGGCCGAGAAAGCCGACGAGGAGCAGCUCAGGAAACUGGAGGAGUGGAAGAAACGGGUAAAGGUCGAGAACAGGAGAAAAGGAGCAGUCAUACAAGAGAAAAGAGCAGCUUCCAGGGAUAUAAUGGAUGACUGGUUUAUACUUCUGGACACUUCUCUUAAAGACCUAGAUCUCAGGCCUCCUCCCUCCCUCCCUUCUCCAGUCAUUUCCCCAGUUGUUGUGCCCAAGUCCCGCCCAGUGCCCAAGCCACUUUUAGAGCCCAAGAUCCGCCCAGAGCCUAAGCCCCGCCCAGAGCCUAGGCCCCGCCCAGUGCUUCCAGCUGACCAACCACUGACCUCCACUCCCACUGCACAACCUGUCCCCAUUCCCAGACCCACCUAUCUGGACAAGUCACUAAACAGACUGGACAUCACGCAAGAAUCAGAGGAUGAAUCAGUAUCAGUCCUUAUCAGAAAGAGAAUGAUGAAGAGAAUGGAGGGUGAAAGCAUUUAUGUCCGUCACAGCCUGCUAAUGUUGGAGGACUUAGAUGUGACUCAGGAAGUGGUACUGAAGCAUCAUGCUAGUGUCAGGGAGUUGAAGCGGAUCUUUAUGGAGGACGUGCCUGUGUCUGGCCCCACCGAGUGGGACAAACGCCUCUCCACACACAGCACUGGCCACAUCCCCCAGGUAACCGAUGGCCAGUACAUCAUCACCAUGGACACGGUGGGAACGGAAUCAAUCAUUAUCAGAAAGGUGGAAGAAGACGAAAUAUCAGCCAUGUGAUGUAGCUUCAAAACCAUCCAACCGUCUACUUAUUAAGCUAGCACUCAAAACUCUUUUUCUACUGAAACAUUGGCACAGAUGCUUUGCAAUUAUCAGUUUAAUUAUUAGUGUUUUUGCUUCAGUUACUCUGCAUUUUUAAGAAUUUUUGAGAAUUGUACUUUGUAUUUAAAUAGCAGUCUAUAUAUUGUUUGUGGUAUAAUACUUGACAUGCUUUGAUUUCUAUAGCCUGUGUGAGAAGCUUCAUAGUGAGUAAAUAAUGUGGGUUUGUAGCAGAAUAGAUGCAAGUUGCUGAAGCUGUAUUCCUGUCAGUAUUCAGAGACCCGUACUCCUUUGUGUUGAAAACGUCAUGUGUUUAUUCAAUUCAAAUGUUUGAACUGAAUCAUUCACACAUUCCACACAAUGAAAUAUAUUACUUAUAUAUUACAUAUGUAUGUACACUCACUGGCCACUUUAUUAGGUGCACCUAUCUAGAGCUUUAGCUGGGUCUGAAAUUUUGAUCUAAAUGCAAAUACAGCACCAAGAAUUAUCUGGCUGAGCCUGAACCGAUGAACAUCACAUUUUGAGUCCGAACUUGACCCAAGCCUGACAAACUUCUCUUGGAACCAGAGCGGACUCAACGUGUCCCAAAUAUUCUCAUCACCCAAAAUGCUGGAUAAAGCAUGACAGGAUAGCACUGGUGUUGACACGUUAGUGUGUAUUGUGUUGAAAUCAGUGGAUCCGACACAGCAGUGUUGCUGGAGUUUUUGAACACUUUGUCCACUUACUGUCUGCUCUUUUAGACCCUUACCUUCUUGGUCCACCUUGUAGAUGUAAAGUUAAGAGAUAGAGUGCAUCUGUUGCUGCACAGUUUGUGUUGGUCAACCUCUAGGCCUUCAUCAGUGGUCAUUUUCUGGCCACAUGACCCUAUUGACUGGAUAUUUGUGGUAAGCUGACUAUUCACAGCCCAGCAGUGACACUGGUUUGCAAUAAAGGAAACUUCAGCAGCAUUGAUGCCACUACCAUGUCCACAUCACUGUAGCAUUAAGAAUGAUCUACUACCCAAAUAAUACCUACUCUGUGGUGGUCUUGUGGGGGUCCUGACAUUUGAAUAUGGUAAAAUGGGUUCAAACUAUGCAGAAAAACAGAUGGACUGCAAUCUAUAAUUAUAGAACUACAAACCUAUUUGAUAAGUGGAGCUGAUGAAAUAGUGAGUGCAGAUAAAAGCUGGGUGUACCUCUUAAAGUGGUCAAUGACUAUAGCUAUACAAUUAUAUUAAAUGUCUCACAGCAUUAACAGUAAUUAGCAAUAAUUGUGUUAAUGUCACCUUUUUUAGACUUAUAUAGCCAAUAUUUUUCAUGUACAUAUUUACUGAGACUGAUGCCAAUAUAUAGAUAUUUAUAAAAUGGAAAAAAUGGAACUAGAUCAAUCUGGAUUAGCAUCACAGAGAAAUAAAACAUUUAUUUCUGUAGAGUAUAAACAGGGCUCGAUUUGAGGAGGGAUGUGAGAGGAUGCCACCCCCUCUGUCAAAGAAAUGUAAAAAGACCACACUCCCUCCUUUAGACUAAUAUGAUGUAAGGUCUUUAUUAUCGGUAAUUUUCACUCCACACGUAUGUAUGAUUUACACACAAUGGGAGAUCCUAAGUAAUAAUCAGGCAGAACACAUGCACACUUACAGAAGGGUUGGUUAUUCAGAAUAAAAUGCUUUUUCUUUUGUUUAGUGCAACGUGUGCACCAGUUGUCAGGGUUGCCAGGUUCACAGUGUUCCUGUCAAAUUGGACUAGUGUGAAAAUGUACCUGUGGGACAAAAAAGAUAAAAGUUUCAGCUUCUGGUGGGCAGCUUUUUAACCAACUUAACACUGGAGAUUUUUUGCUAGACCUGGCAAACCUAUCCCAUUAUAUAGCGAAUGCUACAAAAUACAGCAAGAGCAAAAAAAAAGUAAAACUUGUUAACCAGCAUUAGGAGGUGUUGUCAAUAAAACUGAACUCAGUCUUAGUUUAGGGAUUAAGCUGAAGACUGAUAUUCUAAAUGCUAUUCUUAAUUGCUUUGGAGAUUUUUGUUACUGCUUGAAGAACAUCAAGAGGCGCCAAUAAAUUACCAUUCAAGAGUGGAA